AUGACCACGUCUUUGCCGGAGGUACCGAUAUGUGAGCCGCACAUCUUCAACGAUAUUCAAACAGAUGCCAGACUAUUCGGCGGAAUGCCAAUUGCCAUAUUUGGCAUCAUUACAAAUAGCAUCAACAUCGUAGUGUUUCUCGAUCAGGAAAUGCGUUGCUCCUUGGUCAACCACUUUCUGCUGGUUCUAUCAGUAUCCGAUUUGUUGCUGCUACUGUGCAACUUCUUCAUGCUGAUCUUCCCAGUGAUUGCGUCCAUGAGCAAUUCUGUUACGCUUCAUGACUCCUUUCCAUUGAUAUUAUGGUACGCUUACCCUAUUGGCCUAAGCACACAGACUUGUGGCGUCUACCUGACUGUGCUUGUGUCUGUGCACCGAUAUCUAGGUGUAUGUCAUCCAUUUCGAGCCAAACGAUGGGUCAGCGGUCGACCGGUGAAGACUGCCAUCAUAGGUUCAAUUAUAUUCAGUAUUCUAAUCAAUAUACACACUUGGUUAGAGUUAGACAUAACAAAGUGCCUUUCAAAAGAUUUUGGCCAAACAGUCAGAAGUAUCACUCUGACUCCAUUGAAAUCUGAUGAGACUUACAAUAUUGUGACCAAAUGCAUACUCUACACUCUGGUGAUGUUCGUCAUUCCGUUCAUCACGUUGAUCAGCGUCAAUUCGCGGAUCAUUGUCGCACUGAAGCAGAGCACUCGGAUGCGGAAUCGAAUGCCUUCGUCAGCCAAAAAUACUCAAUCACGAAUGAUCAAAAACUUCCGUCUCUUGAAGAAUGCCAAGUACUCCGAACUUUUUGGCAAAUUCGGACGGCUAACCUUGAAUCCACUAAAAGCACCCGGUCUGUCGAGAGGUGGUUCUGUGCGGGAUCGCAGUGUCACUAUGAUGUUGCUCGCUAUCGUCGGUAUAUUUCUCUGCUGCAACUGCCUGGCAUUUUGUAAUAAUAUCUACGAAAUUGUACGUGAUGCCAGUUCGCAUAAUGCCAACAACGUGAACCAAACGGAGGCUGCUGAUCAGAAUCAAGACGUGUUCGACUUUUCCGUAGAGCUCAGCAAUAUUCUUAUAUCGCUCAAUUCCUCGUCGUCAGCUUUCGUCUACCUCAUUUUCAGUUCGAAAUACCGAUCAAUUGUUAAACAUUGGCUUGGACUGGAAGUGAGAAAGAAGAUUAAUGGUGUCGCCAUCACAACAGCUAUCGUGGCACAGAGAGCACUGGAAUUGUCGUUUUUGCCCGACGAAAUACGUUACUCUUUCUAG